AUGGAUCUUUUCUUGCAGGGACUCAUGCAGCCCAAGCUUGGAGCCAAUGGAACCGCUGUUACUGAGUUCAUCCUGCUGGGCUUGGUGGAAACACCCAGUCUGAGACCACUGGUCUUUGUGCUCUUCUUCUUUGCCUACUUGGUCACCGUGGGGGGCAACCUCAGCCUCCUGGCAGCCGUCUUGCUGGAACCCAAGCUCCACACCCCCAUGUACUUCUUCUUGGGGAACCUUUCAGCACUGGAUGUUGGGUGCAUCACCGUCACGAUUCCCUCCAUGUUGAGUCGCCUCUUGUCCCACAAGCGUGCAAUUCCCUAUGGAGCCUGCCUUACACAGAUCUUCUUCUUCCACCUCCUAGUUGGGGUGGACUGCUUCUUGUUGACAGCCAUGGCCUAUGACCGUUUCCUGGCCAUCUGCCGGCCUCUUACCUACAGUACCCGGAUGAGCCAGGUAGUCCAAAGGAUAUUAGUAGCCAUGUCCUGGGUUUGUGCCUUCAGCAAUGCCCUGACCCAUACUGUGGCCAUAUCCACACUCCACUUCUGUGGCCCCAAUGUGAUCAAUCACUUCUACUGCGACCUCCCACAGCUCUUCCAGCUCUCCUGCUCCAGCAUCCAAAUAAAUGAGCUGCUGCUCUUUGCUGUGGGCUUUUUUAUGGCAGGUACCCCCAUGGCUCUCAUUGUCACCUCCUAUGCCCACGUGGCAGCUGCGGUUCUACGAAUUCGUUCAGUGGAGGGGAGGAAGAAAGCCUUCUCCACAUGUGGCUCCCACCUCACCACGGUUGCUGUAUUCUAUGGCUCAGGUGUCUUUAACUACAUGCGUCUAGGUUCAGGCAAACUUUCAGAUAAGGAUAAAGCUGUUGGAAUUUUUAACACUGUCAUCAACCCCAUGUUGAACCCCAUUAUCUACAGCCUCAGGAACCCUGAUGUGCAGGGUGCCCUCUGGCGGGUACUCACAGGAAGACGCUACCUGGCCUGA